UUCUAUGAAAAUCUGGAGUCCCUAGCAUCACAGGUUGAAGCUGCGGACUCCAGCAAUGUUUCAGUUAUUGCAAGUAACACCCAAAUCCUCACCUCCAUGCCAGACCAACUGACCACACAGAACAUCUCUGCUGCUGUGAACAUCACAGUGCAGAUUCUGAAAAAGCCAAAUGUUUCAGAAGACUCUCAGGCAUCUGUGGCAAUAAUGGCUGCCGUGAGUCAACUCUUGGAUGCCAAUGAAACAGAAUUCAACCACAAUAAUCUUGUCAAUGUUACAACAAGCCUCAUGAAAACAAUGGAGGAAUUUUCUUUGACUGGCAACAUCUCACAGCCCAAAGUUGCAAUCCAGUCAGCUCCACUGAAAUUACGCUCCUCUAUGAUUCUCUUUUCAGCAAAGAGAGAUAAAGCACUGGGAUAUUACCAGUCAACAAAACUAGAAAUACAGGAAAAUGUCCCUGGGCUUACUGGUGACCUCAGUACUGAAGUUCAGAUACUGUUCCACAUUAUAAAUAACAGUUCAUCAGACAAUGGAAGAGUUGGCUUUGUGCUGUAUCAAAAUUACAAACUCUUCCAGUCAAGGAUUUAUCAGAGUCGCAGUAGUUUCUCUAAACAAAUCGUCUCCGGCAACAUUGAUGGUAGAAGAACCAACAGUGUUGAAAUAGCCUUCAGUCCCAAGUACAACACAUCCAAACUGCAGCUGCGUGAUCACACCUGCGUCUUUUGAGACUACACUGUCAACGAGUGGAGCACCGCUGGCUGUGCAAAAGGAAGAGACUGGUUCUUGAGAUGCAGGUGUAAUCACACCACUGAUUUUGCUGUCCUGAUGGCCUUUCAGAUCAAAUAUAAAUAUGCAAAGCCUGUGGAAUGUAUUUCUUACAUUGGUGUUGGAUUGUCUGUGGCUGGUCUGGUCAUUACCAUUUUGUUUCAAAUAUUCACUAGGAAAACUUGAAAGUCAUCUGUAACAUGGAUGUUAGUGAGUCUCUGUUUCUCUAUGCUCAUUUUUAACAUCAUCUUCAUCUCUGGAAUUGAAAACCAAAAUGCCAGGAAUAACAGCAGUGACACCACCAGCCAUUACCAGCUAUACCUUCCUUAUGAUACUGCCAGUAACACCUUACUCACAUCUGACAUGUUAGAUCCUCCCACAGACUCCUGGUGUACAGCCGUGGCUGUCCUACCGCACUAUUUUUUGUUGGCGACAUUUAUGUGGACAGCACUCAAUUCUGCACAGUUGUAAUUACUGCUGCUUAGAGCCAUGAAGCCCCUGCCUGGACACUUCCUCGUAACCAUGUCAGUAAUCGGAUGGGGAAUCCCUGCUUUAGUAAUUGCAAUAACACUUGGAGCUACUUACAGAGAAGGAAAAGCUUUAAACUACCGACAGGGAGAAUU